AUGUCUUCUCUAUAUAAACUCUCAAUAUCGGGAAUCCGAUCCUUCUCACCAAAAGACCACGAAACGAUCCAGUUUGGAUCCCCGUUGACCCUCAUUUGUGGCCAGAACGGAUGUGGAAAGACCACAAUCAUCGAGUCUCUCAAGUAUGUAACCACCGGCGAUCUUCCGCCAAACUCCAAGGGUGGAGCGUUUGUAAAUGAUCCGGCCAUCGCCGAUCGGCUGUUGGUGAAUGCCGAAAUCAAGUUGGGUUUUAUAUCUGUAGACGGGAAGCUGAUGACGGUGACCCGAAACAUGCAACUAAAUCGUAAAAGAGCGGCACGGGGGUCCGUGCUGGCAGGAAACACAUUCAAGUCCUUGGAGGGCCAAUUGGCGGUGAUUUCCAAUGGUAACAAGACAUCUUAUAGCACCAAGAACCUGGAGCUCGACACAAGAGUGCCGCUCUACUUGGGUGCAUCUAAAGCGGUGCUAGAGUAUGUGAUCUUCUGCCAUCAGGAUGAUAGUUUGUGGCCACUCAGUGAGGCUGGUUUGCUCAAGAAGCGUUUUGACGAGAUAUUUGAGGCUCUGAAAUUCACUAAAGCCCUCGACAAUUUGAAGCUGAUCAGGAAAGAAAUGGCUACCAACAUUAAGUUCAUAGAACAGAGCGUCCAGCAUUCCAAAGUGGACCAAGCUCGUGCUCAGAGAAUCAGAGAACGGCUCCAGGCCAGCACUCAGCAGGCUGAAGAGUACUCGGCGGAAAUCGCAACCUUGACGGUUCAGAUCGAAGAUCUCGAGAAGAAGGCUGAGCUGCUAUUUCAUUCCAACCAGGCCUUUCAGCGGACUCUUAGUGAGCAUGAAAGACUCCGGCUUAUGAUCGAAAACACUGGGUCGACGUUGAAACGUAUCGAAGAGAGUGCUCAGAUGCUUUCUGAAACCGAAGAGGAAUUAUCUCAAAUGUUAGCGAAUUUUGAGCAAAUCCAGGCACAGAAAAAUACCGAACUUCUGAACUCAGAGCAGAUAUUCAAAGAGAAGGAGCUUUCACUUAAGAAUUUAGAGGCUGACCAUCAAAAGUUGGUCAGGGAAGAGGGAACCCUUUUUGGAAAGCAAAACCAAUACGAGCGCAAUAGAGAUUUACUACGCACUAUCACUAGCAAAACCUCAGAGCAAUUUGAAUUUGGAGAUUAUACUGCCCCUGGGUUUGAAAUAGAAGAGGCUCUCUCCCUGUUCAAGAGCAACUUGCUUUCCUCGAACGUUCUUGCCUCGAAUGAGAAAAUUAGAAAUGAUGCACAAAGCAAGGUCCAAUCCUUAAAAGACGAGCAGUUCAAAGAGUCCGAGCGACUCGCACGGUAUGAGAACGACAUUCAAUCCGCCAAGGUCGGAUUGAAAGACUUGAAGGCUGCUCUACUAGAUCUUCUGGAAAAGGAAGAGUCUCUCAAAAUUCAUAAAAUAGAGCUCGAAAAUAUUCGCGCAAAGCACCAAAAACUCGAAGAGUCGCAUAAUGUGCUGAAAAUGCAGAUAAAGAUUGAUGAAGACAAAGCAAAAGUCGUCAGUCUUGAAAGAGAGCUCGAAGAGCUCAUGCGAAACAUUAAUAUCGUCAGCAAAAAACUGGAGUUGUACAGCAAACUUGAACUCUUGAAAGAAUCCUUACUGGAGAACAAAACCAAAAUCGAGAGAUAUUCUAGCCUUCAUAACUCUACCUUUGAGCGUCUUGUUGGUGCCAAGUUGAACCACGAUACUGCCGAAAAAGAUUUGGAACUUCUGAUGAAAAAAUCCAGUGAUCUGAUCAAGAGCUUGGAGACAAGUCUAGCUGAGGUCAAGUCGGCCCGUGACAAGGCCUCUAUGAAUUUGGAUUCACAGCAAAAACUACUUCAAGACUUGAAAGCGAAAAAAUCCGGUCAUUUAUCCAAAAUUCAUGGUGUUAUCGAACCUGAUGAAGUUCUGCAAUAUGAUGAUCUUUUGAAUGAGGCAGAAGAAGACUAUAAGUCUGCUCAAUAUAAUUGUAACACAUUUGAGGUUACAAAAAGUUACAAGACAAAAGCUAUAUCUUUGGCAAAAGAAAAUAACUGCUGCGCAUUGUGCAAUAGGGGCAUGAACACAUCUGAGAAGGACAAGUUCAUUGCAGACAUCGAAAUUAGUAUCCUGUCUGCUACUCUCGAAAAGCUCAAAGAGGAUUUAGAUACUACUCAGAAAGAUCUCUCUGACUUGAAAUCAAUCCAAUUUGAUAUACAUGAGCUUCAAAAUUUGAGUAGGCGAAUCGUGGAUAUUGAACAAGAGAUCGUGAACAACAAUGAAUUAUUGCAAUCAGAGGAUAAAAACCUCAAAAAAGCACUCAGAGAUAGAGACGAAGCUAUCUCUAACCUAGAUGAACUCAAGACUUUGCUGAAACCUGUUGCCAAGUUGGCUUCGCUAUUAGAGGAGAACACCUCCUUCAAGAAACAGAUUGAUUCUCUUGAGACUGAAAUCGGCGAAGCGGGCUCCAGUCGGCAAUCGGUUAGUGAAUUACAAAAGUUACAACAAAAGAAAAGUCACGAUCUAAAAUACUUGCGGCAAGAGAUUGAGGAUGCUAUUGAUGAAAGGGACUUGACUCUGAAAGAUCUCUCAAAGUUAGGAAAUGAAGUCAAAGAUAAAGAGAUUUUCAUUGCGAAGCUCGAGUUGGCUGUCAGUGAUGUAAGAGCUAUCGAAAUCAAGAUUAAAGAUCUCGAGACUAGCCUAAAGAAUAGCGAGCAUGAGCAAAUAGGCAGCAAAGAUUCUCUAGAAGCCAUUCUGAAGAAGUUGGAGGAAACAGAAGAGAAUGUGAGAAAAAUCUUUGAGGAGUGCGCUGAACGAGACGAAGCCUUCAAAUCUAAGAUAGCUGAUAUCGACUCGGCCACUCAAAAGAUAAGUCAAGUGAAGGACUCUCUCAAAGAAUUCGAAACUUUGGAUGCACCAUUGUUACUUGCAAAUGAACUGAAUAGGAAGGAUCUUAAAACAAAGAUGUCAACAAUGGAGAGCGAGAAAUCGGAGAUGGAGGUCAAGAUCAAGAGUCUACAGAAUGAUAUCAAUGGGUCUUUAAACUUUGAGCGGAAUAUCAGAGACAAUAUAGAGUAUCGCCAGACCACCACUCAGCUUCAGUCUCUACAAGAAGCAUUCGAAGCACUCGAUAUCGAAAAUGCUGAGAGAGAACAGAAGGUGUAUCAAAGCAAAUCCAAGGAGUUGCGUGAAGAAAUCUCUUCACUCAACUCACAACACUACGGAAAAGUCGGAGAGGUAAAGCAAAUAAAGGACCAAAUUGAGUCCUUGCAAAAGGAAUUGACAACUGAGUUCAAAGAUGUUGAGGAGCGAUAUCAUACCGAAUGGGUUAAUUUACAGACCAACAUGCUCGUUUCAACAGACUUGCAAACCUACUCGCAAGCUUUAGAUAGCGCGAUCAUGAAAUACCACAGUAUGAAAAUGAAUGAGAUCAAUCGCAUCUUGAGAGAACUUUGGAAUCUGACAUACAAGGGAACUGAUAUUGACAGCAUAGAGAUCAAGUGUGAAGUGAGCACUCAGAAUAAGGCUAGGUCUUACAAUUACCGAGUCGUCAUGUAUAAGAAGAGCUCUGAAUUGGACAUGAGAGGAAGAUGCUCAGCUGGACAAAAGGUUUUGACUAGUAUUCUUAUCAGGCUAGCUCUUGCUGAAUGUUUUGGAACAAAUUGUGGAAUGAUUGCUUUGGAUGAACCUACAACUAACUUGGAUACAGAGAAUGCUGAAUCUCUUGCACAUGCCUUGAACAAUAUUAUUGCUAUGAGAAAAAACCAAAAGAAUUUCCAGCUUAUUGUCAUCACUCACGACGAGAAAUUCCUUAGUCAUAUCGAUGGUGACAGAUUCACUGAUAACUUUUACCGUAUUGAAAGAGAUCAAAACCAGCAUUCUGUCAUCAAAAGCUUGCCUAUUCAUCUCAUGCAAUAUGAUUGA